UUGUUUCCAUGUUUGCGGGAGAGUCAUGGCCCUGCUGAUGUUUGUAACUCCUUUUUUCUUACCUAAACAUAGACUAAUUAAGGCCCACAGAUAGGAUUUUUCAACCCAUUUUUGAUGAAUAUUUCAUGUACUUGCACUUCAAACCAGGUCAUUAUACAUUGAAGGAUCACAAAUGCACUUUAAUGGCUUAAACAUAGGAGAUGGAACUUAAAAAGUGUUUUUUUUUACAUGUAACGUGUUUUAUUGAUAGCAAUAAAGCCUUUAGUCCAAAACAAGUUGGGAUAGGCGAGAGAUGAAACCCAUAAGAUCUCGCGACCAACUCAUGGUUCUGGCACAUGGAUAGCAAGCUUCCACGCACCCCUGUCCAUAGCUAGUUCUUUUCUGGUACUCCAAUUCUUCGGAUCUCUCUUUACGAACUCCUCCCAUGUCAAAUAUGGUCUACCCCGACCUCUCUUGACAUUAUCCGCACGCUUUAGUUGUCCGCUAUGCACUGGAGCUUCUGGAUGCCUAUGCUGAAUAUGCCCAAACCAUCUCAGAUGAUGUUGGACAAGCUUCUCUUCAAUUGGUGCUAUCCCAACUCUAUCUUGUAUAUCAUCAUUCCGGACUCGAUCCUUCCUCGUGUGGCCACACAUCCAUCUCAACAUUCGCAUCUCUGCCACACCUAACUGUAGAACAUGUCGCAUUUUAGUCGGCCAACACUCAGUGUCAUACAUCAUUGCAGGUCAAACCACUGUCCUGUAGAACUUGCCUUUUAGCUUUUGUGCUACUCUCUUGUCACAGAGAAUGGCAGAAGUUUGGCUCCACUUCAUCCAUCCGGCCACAUCGAAUUUUAUUUGCAUGUUUCAUGAUCGACCUCCCAGGUAACCAAACUGAUUUUCGUGUUUUAUUUUACAAUGAGCAAAUUUUCAUUGAUGCCUUAAAUAAGGAUUUUUUUUUGCCGAGUGUUAAAAUAUCGAGUACGCGGCGAACAGUCUGCACAUUUUAGAAAAGGAAAAUAAAUAUGUUUGCCAAGUGCCUGUCAGAUGACACUCGGAACUCCGGCAAUAGUCACUCUCCCGUCAACUGCGGUAGGCAGGGCCACGUGGCAUUUGCUUUGCGAGUGCACUCAGCAUAGUCAUGAAUUCGGGCAGCGCUCUUUUCGUUUUUGUGAAAAAGAUAGUGCGCUUCUGCUUGGUUUGUGAAGAAAAAGAAUUACAUACAUUAAUCCUUAAUUAUGGGCUUUGUCAUAUACUAAUAACUCUUGGUUGGUGGGUAAGAAGAUGGGAGUACAAAAUCAGUUUCUGGAUAGCCCGCAAUAAAGAGAACUGGUGCAGAUUUUGUCUUUUGAUUCUUCAGUUUUGUUUGUCCGAUCUGAUUGUAAGCUUGCAUGUGUAUGUGUAGUACGAAUAGCAAUUGCGGCUAUAAAUACGCACGAUCCACACACUGAAAUGCCAAGCCCAAUCACAAUUCACAAGUAGUCGAUCCGAUGUUGUGAACCCUUUAUUUCCAUAUAUACGUACGUGGUACCUUGAUUAGCACACUAUACUAUACUAGUCACUACGUACGUCCCUGCUCGAGUAAGCUAGCAUGGCGAUGGGUACCCCACCACUAGUUGAUGUGCUAUCGCCACUCGACCCCGAGGAAUUCGCCGUGGAGUCGCGCGCUGCGGUUGACUUCAUCGCGGGCUACUACCGCGAUAUCGAGAAGUAUCCGGUCCGGUCAGAAGCCGAGCCAGGUAGCCUUCGCAGGCUUCUAUCCGAUGAGCCACCGGAAAACGGUGAGCCCAUAGAUGGAAUAUUGGCGGACGUACAACAAUACAUCGUGCCAGGACUGACACACUUCCAGAGCCCCAACUUCUUUGCCUACUACCCAUUCAACGCAAGCACGGCGGGGUUCGUCGGCGAGAUCCUCUGUGCCGGUCUCAACGUUGCACCGUUCACAUGGGUUGCCUCACCUCUCGCGACCGAACUUGAAGGCGUCAUGAUGGACUGGAUAGGCAAGUUGAUGGGCCUUCCAGAUUGUUUCCUCUUCUCCGGCGGCGGUGGUGGGGUGCUGCACGGAAGCACCUGCGAAGCCGUGAUAUGCACGCUUGUCGCCGCACGCGAUCGAGCGUUGAACAGGCUCACCCAUGAAGGCAUCCUCAAAAUGGUGGUCUACGCCUCAGAUCAGAGCCAUAGCACCUUCCAAAAGGGUGCGAAGCUGGUCGGAAUUCCACCAUCAAACUUUCGAGUCAUCCAGACGUCGGCGGCAUUCAGCUACGGCCUAACGGUGGACAGUGUCCGCAACGCGGUGGAGGCUGACAUAGCCAGGGGGCUUGUGCCACUGUACCUGUGUGCAACAGUUGGGACGACCGGUGUCGGAGCGGUUGAUCCUGUGGGUGAGCUUGGUGAGUUGGCACAACACUACGGAAUGUGGCUACAUGUUGAUGCUGCAUACGCCGGUAGCGCGUUGAUCUGCCCCGAGUUCCAGGAUUGUAUCCAGGGUGUCGGGCUCGCGGACUCUGUGAGCAUGAACCCGCACAAGUGGUUCCUCACCAACAUGGACUGUUGCUGCCUGUGGGUUACCAGCCCAGCCGUGCUUACCUCCGCACUCUCUAUCACUCCAGAGUACCUCAAUGAUAUCAGCCAUGGAAGUGCGGCGAAGACGGGUAUGAUCGAUUACAAGGACUGGCAGAUUGCAUUGACACGCAGGUUCCGAGCCAUAAAGUUGUGGGUGGUGCUACGCAGAUACGGCGCUGUGGGCUUACGAGCGAACAUCAGGAGGCAUGUCGAGAUGGCCAAGUGGUUUGAAUUGGCGUUGAAGGCAGACGAUCGGUUCGAGGUCAUUGUGCCGAGGAGAUUCUCCCUUGUGUGCUUCCGCUUCCGCCCAAGGUAUGAGGGUGACCACACAGUGGACGCCUUGAACCGUAAGCUUCUCAAUGUGGUGAACGCGAGUGGGAAAGCCUUCAUGAUACACACUAUCGUGGACAACAAGUUCGUUAUCCGUCUCGCAAUAGGUGCUACCAUGACGGAGAUGCGACACAUCCGUGACACGUUUGAGCUGGUCCAGGAGAAAGCCACGGAAAUAGGACAGGACCGUGAUUAGUAUAGUACACUACACAUGAUAUCGCGUGCCUCUGCGUUGUCGCGCAAUCAAUCAUAUACUUAGUGAUUAAAAUAACCACAUAAAAUAAAGGAUAUUGUAACUACAUGCAGUUUAUCUAGUAAAAAUAAGCUUUAAAUAGCAGGCAUCGAUCGCUUUGUCAGUUUGGCUUGAGCAUAUAGGGGGUCUA